UGAUAGUGCUAUCUACAUGGAAAAACAAAAACCAAGGAGAAAAAGAAAAUAUGGCCGACUCACGUGUUGAACAACAAAUUAGAUUGAAUUAGAUUAACCUAAAAUUCAGUUCAGUCAAAGAAUCUUGAGUGAAAAAAGCAACGCAUGUCAAUGUACACUUGGUGCAAUGUCGUCUCGUGGUAAAAAAGUAUUAAAAAGAAAAUCAAAAGUUGAAAAAGUAAUUGAAAAAAACAUCCCAAGUGAUGAAGAACCUGAAAAUGAUUCAUUGAUAAUAGAAGAGGUGAAAGAUGAUGAGGUAAAUAAUUAUAAUUUUUUUCCUGAAGAUGAUGACGAAAAAGAGUUGGAAAUAAAUGAAGUUAAUGGAGGUAGUGAUGGUGAAGAUACCAAUGAUGUUGAUGACAUAAAUGAAUAUGAAAAUGAUAGUUCAGAUGAGGAAGAUAUACGUAAUACAGUUGGUAAUAUUCCAAUGAAAUGGUAUGCUGAUUAUCCUCAUAUUGGUUAUGAUUGGGAUGGUUUAAAAUUAAUAAAACCAAAACAAGGUGAUCAACUUGAUAAUUUUCUUAAACGUAUGGAAGAUCCAGAUUUUUGGCGAACAGUCAAAGAUCCACAAACUGGUCAAGAUGUUGUAUUAAGUGAAGAAGAUAUUAAAUUAAUAACAAGAAUUCAACAACAAAGAAUACCAGAUGAAAAUUAUGAUGAAUAUGCACCAUGGUCUGAAUGGUUUACAUCACAAGUUAUGAAAACACCACUUAGAAAAUUUCCAGAACAUAAAAGAUCAUUUUUACCAUCAAAACCAGAAGCAAAGAGAGUAUCAAAAUUAGUACAUGCAUUAAAAAUGGGUUGGAUUAAAUCAACAAUUGAAAUGGAAAAAGAACGUGCUCAAAAAAAAACACAAAAUGACUUUUAUUUAUUAUGGAAAAAUGAUGAUGAAGCUGAAGAAAUGCGUAGAAUACAUAAACAUAUACCAGCAGCAAAACGUUUAUUACCAGGACAUGCUGAAUCAUUUAAUCCACCACCAGAAUAUAUAUUUGAUGAAAAAGAAGAAAAACAAUGGGAAAAAUUAAAACAAACACCAUGGAAAAGAAAGCUUCAUUUUAAACCACAAAAAUAUGAUUCAUUACGUCAAGUACCAGCAUAUCCUAAAUUUAUUAAAGAAAGAUUUCAAAGAUGUAUGGAUCUUUAUUUAUGUCCAAGAGCAUAUAAAAUGAAAGUACAAAUUAAUCCAGAAGAACUUGUUCCAAAAUUACCAAAUCCACGUGAUCUUCAACCAUUCCCAACGACAAUGUCAAUGAUAUUCAAGGGACACACUGAUAUGAUUAGAUCAAUAAGUGUACAAAAACGUGGACAAUAUUUAGCAUCUGGUGGUGAUGAUAUGACACUUAAAAUAUGGGAAAUAUCAACUGGACGUUGUGUAAGAUCAGUACCAUGUGGUGGUAUAAUACGUAGUGUUGCAUGGGGACCAAAUGAAGAGGUAUCAUUAAUUGCUGUUGCUGCUGAUAAAAAAGUACUUCUUAUUAAUCCAAAUGUUGGUGAUAAACGUAUAACAAGUAGUACAGAUAAACUUAUGGAAAUAAUACCACAAAGUGAUGUUGUUGUACCAGAACGUGUACAAAGUGCUGUUGGAUGGGCACAAGCUGAGGAUGAAUUAUGGAAAGAUGGAAUUAGAAUAAUAUUAAAUCAUUUUAAAAUUGUUAAACAAAUUACUUGGCAUGCUAAAGGUGAUUAUUUUUCAUCAGUUAUGCCAGAUGGACAAAAUCGUUCUGUAUUAAUUCAUCAAUUAUCUAAAAGACGAUCACAAUUACCAUUUACAAAACCAAAAGGACUUGUACAAUGUGUUUUGUUUCAUCCAAUUAAACCAUUUUUCUUUGUUGCAACACAAAAAAAUAUUAGAGUUUAUGAUUUGGUUAAACAAGAAAUGGUCAAAAAAUUAUUAUCAAAUUCACAAUGGAUAUCAACAAUGGCUAUUCAUCCAGGUGGUGAUAAUUUACUUGUUGGUACAUAUGAUCGUAAAAUGUUGUGGUUUGAUUUGGAUUUAAGUACAAAACCAUAUCAAACAUUGAGAUUACAUGGUACUGGUGUUAGAGGUGUUGCAUUUCAUAAAAGAUAUCCAUUAUUUGCAUCUGGUGCUGAUGAUAGAGGUCUCAUCAUUUCACAUGGAAUGGUCUACAAUGAUCUUUUACAAAAUCCACUUAUUGUACCAUUAAAACGUCACUGUCAUCAUGAAGCAUUCAAUGAUUUUGGUAUUCUCGAUGUUAUUUUCCAUCCAAUUCAACCAUGGGUAUUUUCAGCUGGUGCAGAUUCAACAAUAAGAAUGUACACAUAAUCCCUCAAAUUAUAAUUAUCUUUUGCUUUCUUCAUUCUUUUUUUUAUUGAAAAACUUGACUAAUAAUCUUUUUCAAAACUAGAUUGUGUUGAUUUGUGUCAUUUAUGAUUAAAAAUAAAUAAUUUAAUUCACAGUA